AUGUUACAACCUCGAAUCCGGUAUUUCAGCGCUCUGAGAGUGCUGCGCAGCAAGAGUCCGCGUGUGCCGCAGGCGGGAAAUCAAGUGGAGCAGCCUGCCGACGCCAAAGAAAGCCCUCUCUCGCCUGCAGAGCUUGAGGCAAUCAACAACAUACAGUCCUCGCUGUACCGGCCCAGCGACCCGUUUCUCGAACCGUCCAAGGCCGACCUGAUCCAGCAGAAAAUCGAUGCCAUCUCACAGAAACUAGAGCGACAGAAACAGCUUGAGCAGGCCAAGUACCAGAAGCUCGUGGAGGAGCAGGAGCAGGCCCUGCGUCCGACGCUGAGCGACUACAAACGGCCCAUCACCUCGUUUCUGCUUCUGGGGUCCGGCGUGUAUCUGUUGCUCCAGUACGCAUGGACGUAUCUGGAGGGAGAAGAGCACAUCAUCGCCAUGGAGCAGAAGACCCGAGAAUACGAAAAAGAGAUCCAGACGCUGCUGGAUCAACAGGUUCCAAAGAAGAAAUGGUUUUGGAACUAG